GUGUAUAUUUUUCAAGAUCAAACAUGGUCGGUCCAAAGAAGAAGAGUAAACGUAUGGAGGCGAAAAUGAAAUAUAAAAUCAAGAAAAAGGUAGCAGAACAUCACAGAAAAGUACGAAAAGAAACAAGAAAAAGUGGCAUUUCAAAAAAACGAAAGAAGGAUCCAGGGAUUCCCAACCUUUAUCCAUUCAAGGACCAACUUCUGCGACAGAUGGAAGAAAAGAAACUGAAGGAUGAGGAAAUAAAAAGAAAGCAAAAAGAAAAGAGAUUAAGGGAAGUGAAUAAAAGAAGAAACCUUUUCAAUCUGCAAGAAGAUGCCUUAAAAAGGGGCAAGGAGUUUGAAAAGAAGAAAGCAUUAAAAGAAGGCUUAAAGGAUAGUGAAUAUGCUAUGGGAGCAAGAGCUGAAACAUCAUUGAAGGCCUAUUACAAAGAAUUCAAAAAGGUUGUAGAUGCAGCAGAUGUGAUAUUAGAAGUACUGGAUGCAAGAGACCCUAUUGGCUGCAGAUGCCCACAGGUCGAGCAAGCAGUCUUGGCAUCUGGAAGUCAGAAGAAACUUGUCCUUGUUUUGAAUAAAAUUGAUCUUAUACCAAAAGAUAUAGCCGAGAAAUGGCUGAAAUAUCUGAGGAAUGAAUUUCCGGCUGUUAUAUUCAAAUCUUCCACACAGACCCAGAAGCAGAACUUGAGUCACAGCAAGAUCCCAGUUGCACUAGCCAAUAAAGAUGUACUUUCAUCAAGUUCUUGUGUUGGAGCAGACACCCUGUUAAAACUGCUGGGAAAUUACUGUCGUAAUAAGGAUAUAAAAACAGCUAUUACUGUUGGAGUAGUAGGAUUUCCAAAUGUAGGGAAAAGUAGUAUUAUAAACAGUCUGAAGAGAAGUAGAGCCUGUACAGUGGGGAAUACUCCAGGAGUUACUAAAUCUAUGCAAGAAAUACAGUUAGACAAACAUAUCAAGUUACUAGACAGCCCUGGGAUAGUUAUGGACACAGGGAACUCAGAUGCUGCUGUUAUACUUAAGAACUGUGUUAAGAUAGAGAACAUUGACGAUCCUAUUCCUCCAGUAGAAGCCAUCUUGAAAAGAUGCAACAAACAACAGGUUAUGGAAAAGUACUCUGUUCCAGAUUACCGAGAUACCAAUGAGUUUUUAGCUCAUCUUGGUAAACGUCUAGGGAAGCUUAAAAAAGGUGGAAUACCAGAUAUUGUUGCUGCUGGAAAAACUGUUUUACGUGACUGGAACAGUGGAAAGAUCCUGUUCUACACCCAUCCACCAGAGACACAUACCAUGCCAACUCAUGUCUCAGCUGAAGUUGUUUCUGAAUGGAGCAAAGAAUUUGACCUGGCAUCUUUGCAGAAAGAAGAGGAAAAUGAACUAAAAGGUGCAGGAAUGGAUAGCACAAUGGAUGAUGCAAUGGUCCUACAGUCAAGUGGUCCCACCAACGCUGUAACAAUGGAUGAAAAUGAAAUGGAUGAUGAUGAAGAAUUUGAAAGUGAUGAUGGUGAAUCAGACAAAGAGGAGUCGGAAGAAGAAGAAAUGGAGGAAAGUGAUGAAGAGGCGGAGGAAGAAGACAUGACUGUACUUUUAUCAAAUACAAAACCUUCACAGAAUUCAGUUGUCAAAGAAAAAGUUCCACCAGCUGUGAGUAACGAUGAAAAGAAUGAAUUCAACCAACAAGUAAACAAAAACAAGAAAAAGGUACUAAUAAAAAAUUCAAUUGACCAUUUGUGAUGA